AUGAAGCGCGAGUCCAACGCGGAGGGCAGCCCGGUGGGCAGCCCUGGACUCGGGCCUCGCCCGCUUUUCGUCGAGGAGGGCCAGCAGCCGGGUCUGACCGACCAGGACCGGCAGGACAUCGACGAGUGGCUCGAGACCUCCCUCGCGGCCAACCUUCAGGCCAAGGAGGAAGACUGGGGCGUCCUCUUCCGCCACGAGCCGGCCGAGGGCCGCUACAAGGUCACGGGGCGGUUGGCGGCCGAGCACAGCCACAGCCACGGCUGCGACAACGGGUCAGUGGCGCCUACGUUGGGCCUGCCCCUGCCUGACUCGCAGUACUUCCCUUCGCCCACCACCACCACCAUCAUCUCGACCACCCCUUCAUCAGAAGCGGCUGCUUCGCCUUCGUCCCACCAAGGCCGCGAGGAGGCCGACGCCGAAACGACUCGCUCUCGUCAACCUUGA